UGAAAGUGAAAAGUGGAAACCACUCGUGAACAUCUCGUUCUCGCAUCCUGGAUUUCGCAUUCACACAUUCAGGCAUGAUCACGUAUGCCUGUCACCCCUGUCCAGCCCCAAAGGCCAGAAACAGGGAUAAACAGCAGAUUGAAAAAAACCGUCGCGACCGAUCAGCGUGUCUUGAUCCCAACCGUCAUCGUCGACAGGCGGCGCGUUCUUGUACAUAGCUCUACGGGCGUCCUGACAUGCCCAGAGAUACGAUCGCGAGGCGGGGCGUGCUCGGCCAGGCCCCUGUGCAAAGGAGGGCCGGAAGGCCUCCGGCGCGCGGGGCAGGCGCGCUCGUGAAGUUCGUCUGCGUGGAGGAUGGCAGUCACUCGGUAGAGCCGACGCCUACGACGUACGAUGAAGCCCUCCGAGUCGCCCAGGUCGUCCUACGCGUCGACGCGGCGCGUGCUACACUCCAGACGCGCGACCUCGCAGCGACGAGGGGAGCGGUAUGCGACUUGCACGAGCGCAACUGGGAGGCGAGCCGGAGGUACCUGCUGGAGGUGCAAGUAAUCGGGCCGAAGCUCCCGACGGUGUCAGCCGUCGCAAGCGCAGGUCGUGAGCAGGAUGGAAGCAGCGCGAAUGGAGUUGAAGGAACUGCUUCGACGCCAACAAGGACUCCUCCGCACCCUUUGGGCCCCCGUGCUGGGCUUACGCCGCGCCCAGCGAGGCUUGUGCCCAUGCCGGCGCCGUUCAGCCCUCCUCAGCGGACUACCGAGCUUCCUUCGCCACCUAUCACGCCUCAGGAGGCCUCUGGGAACAGGCUGAACGAUGUGCCCUAUGGCCUGAGCAGGCCAGUCGCGGGUCCGUCGUCACAAUCAUCGACGCUCGCCCCUCGCACGCCCGAAGGUCGCAUUGUCCUCAACCUAGUCUACACAUUCGACAACGUCGAGCGCGCGCCCAUCGGCUACCGCGUGCACCAAACGCAAACCUUGGCACGCAUGUUCAACCAUUUUGCGCAGUACUUGAGGCGGCCCGUCACCCACUUCACCUUCAAGCUGGACGGUACGGAACUGCAGCCCGAUAGGGCGCCCAUACAGCUUGGUCUGCGCGACGGCGAUACGAUCAUGGUUCAUGAAUCCUCCGGCAUGAUGAGGUUCCUGGAUUGAAGUCACACUUAUGAAAGCCAUAGACCCUCCCGAUAUAUCUUUAUUUCUAACUUGCUCCUAUCUUCCUAUCUUAUCUCAGCGUAUCCAGCGUAUUUAUCUUGCGGGCAUUUUUCCCUUCGGCGACAGGGCCUUAUCGAUUCCAACUUGGUCUUCCAACCUUUCCAACCCUGUCUCCUCGUAUCUUCCACGUCGAUUAACCGCCCUUGACAAUCCGUACCAUUGAAGAUCCUGAUGUGCAUCGACCUGUCCCUUUCGCGUGUCACCCUUCAACCUUUGACGACCCAUGAUAUCCUUUCGCAUUCCAUCCCCUGCCCCUUUCGCAUAUUGGCUAAAAGAGCAUCGCCGGCCUUUACACGUCAACUUG